GAGAACAAGUAGUAAAAACGAUCGAUCUUGCUCUGUAUACGAUGCGCGAUAGUUAGAGUUAUGAAAGUCGUUGGCAAUUACUGUACAGUGGAUUCACUGCUACCUUGACGGGAUACAAAAAGCGCAGAGCGCAUCAACAUCAGACGAAGUACAAGAAUGUUUGCUGGUGUGGUUUGCAUCUUAUUGUUAUGGACGGUAGUCGAAUCAAAUGUAUAUACAGGAUUUUAUCCUCAGUAUCAACCCUAUCGACCGCCAUGGCCUGUACCCUAUCAAACUCCACAGUACCAGCCUCAGCCCAAGCCUAUUAUUCCUGAAAGACCUCCUAUUCCCGGGUCUCCUCAGUGGAAAAAAAUGGAAUUCAUAAAAAGAUACCAAGCGUCUCAGAGAAGUAGAACGAGUGAAGUAAAGUUUGGACCGAGAUCCAAAGCAAAAAUAUCAUUUGAAAAGAUAGCGCUUCUUCAUCAUAAUGUGCACCGUCGAUUACACCAAGUUAGAGAAUUGACCCUUGACCACAAGAUGAGCGAAAAAGCGGCUCGUUACGCCUACAAACUUGCUGAAGAAAUGCGCAUUGCUCACUCUCCUUGGAAAGACCAUCAAUGGCAAAGUGAAAAUAUUGCAGCAGGAUGUAAAGUAUCAGGACCAGGAUUGUCCGCAUUCGAGGCGGUUAAGUACUGGUACCAAACCGUCUGUAAUCACAAUUGGUAUUCACCACAACCCAAUGAAAAAUCAAGACCAUUUACUAAUAUGAUUUGGAAAUCUUCUAAAAAAUUUGGCAUAGGAUACGCCUCAUUCAGAACCAAAGAUAAAUUUAACUGUACUGUUGUUGUUGCUCGGUAUUCGCCAGAGGGAAGCAAAGGCAAAGAAGAGGACUAUAAAUCUAAUGUUAUUCAAGGGUUAUUUGUACCAGCAAGCUGUCAAUAUGUCAAUGACCGUGACAAGCCGGAGUUUGUACAACCAGCAAUACAGAAUUGCAAACCAUCCAAAGAUUUUCACGGUCAAAUGGUAGAAAAAGAAUCGUCUUGUACGUUUAGCCAACUUUUUAGCGCUUUUGGUGCUUCAAGAAGAAAGGGAAAGCUUUCUUUUAGAGUUGUAUUGUAAUUAAGAAUCUAAUUAAUGUCAGCAAUCAAUGCAAAUAAAUGUAGUUUUUAUAAAGAA